CUGGUCUCGACACGUUCAUUUCGUUUCCUCGCGUGUUUCCAUCACCACGGAACGGCGGAUUCAGCAGCAGCGACCUGCGCGCUUCUUCACAUUCUAUACCGACUCAAUAAGCAGUCGCAACAUCAGCAGCACCUUGACGGUCGUCGCUGAUCUCGGUCACUCUUCAUUAUUCCAAAUUCCGGGCUGGACUCGAAUUACACUCGUCACACCAACACAUCUCAUCGUCAACAAGGAAGGCAGCGCCUCCACUCGUUACACCUCACUCGAACCUCUGUCGCGCGAUAGCUAGAAGACAACCCAGCAAACAAGUGUGUCUAUAUGCCGAAUGCGCAUACACUGUUUACACGCCAUUGAAAGUCAACCCCGUAUUGUCGAAUCCGACGUCACCUACGCUUGCCACGCGCUCCAACCAUUGACUCGAGACCACGGGGAUUAGCGCGGGAUGUACUCUCAAAAUGCGGCCAUGGCAUCCCAAAAGCCUGAGACUUUUAUGCUGAGUACGGAAGCCCAGCAGGCUCUGCCUCACGAUGCCCAGGUUGCACUCAACCAAGUCGACAACUUGAAGUAUUUUCUCAUCUCUGCGCCUGUCGACUGGACGCCUGAACAGUACAUUCGACGAUUCCUGCUCCCGACAGGCGAAUAUGUCUCUUGCGUUUUGUGGAAUAACCUCUUCCACAUUUCGGGAACCGACAUUGUGCGAUGUCUCUCCUUCCGAUUUCAAGCUUUUGGCCGCCCGGUCAAGAACUCCAAGAAGUUCGAGGAGGGCAUCUUCUCAGACCUUCGCAACCUCAAGUCCGGGACCGACGCCUCUCUAGAGGAGCCCAAGAGCCCAUUCCUGGACUUCCUUUACAAGAACAACUGCAUCCGCACACAGAAGAAGCAAAAGGUGUUUUACUGGUAUAGCGUGCCGCACGACAGGCUUUUCCUCGACGCUUUGGAAAGGGAUCUUAAGCGCGAGAAAAUGGGCCAGGAGGCUACGACCAUGGCAGUCAGCGAGCCCGCCCUGUCCUUCCAGUACGACUCGUCGCAGUCCCUGUAUGAACAGCUCACCAAGGCACAGCAAGCCAACUCGUCGUCGUUCAACGCGCAGCAGGCUGGGUUUCCUCAGAGCCAGGGGAACUCGCCGGUCAUGCGGGCUAUGGACUCCAUGCCACCUCCCAUGAUCCCCCAGCAAUCGAUGCCGCAGUCCAUGCAACACUCGAUGGCCCACGCCAUGCCCCAGUCGAUGCCCCCUUUGGCGGAGGGGAUGGACGCAAUCGCACCUUAUGGAAUGACAAUGGCGCCGCAAAUGACGCACCACGUCCCCUCUGUGAAGAGGGAGGCUGAUUUCUCUCGUGUCCACUACAACCAGCACGGCGUGCCCAUCACCCAGGGCCACCAGCGUCACUCCUCCAUGCCCUCAUAUGGUCUGGAAUACUCGCCCGCUCCCUCGUUUGUUUCUUCGCAGUACGAGGAUUACAGCAACCGAGGUCUUUCCUUUGAGCCCAUUACGCCUCCUCAGCAUGCGCUCGGCCUGUCCGCCGAGCCUGCGUACAUUGCCAAUGAGGAGACUGGACUGUACUCGGCUAUUCCUGACCAUGUCCCCGGCAUGAACGGUAUGAAUGGCAUGAUGCACCUGCCCCCCUCCAACAUGGCAGGCACCCAUUUCAACCGCAACAACUACGGUGCAAACAACGUCUACUCUGUGAUCGAAGGUUCGCCGACAUAUAAGCAGAGAAGGCGGCGUUCAUCCAUCCCCACAUCUAUGUCGGCAGUCUCAAACGGUACCAUUACACCCGGCAGCGCUGCUCACAGGCCAUCUGAUCUUAGGCGAUCCAUCUCCGCAUCGAUCGGUCCUGUUGCCGAAGGCGACGAGUCGGCAGGCAACUCUCCUCCUGGCCUGUCUUUCAGCACUGGGGCUUCCAUGGUGCACCAGCACCACAAGGAUGCCGUUGAGAUGUCAAGGCACGGCACGCCCCUCUCCACGGUGGAGGGUAGCCCUUCCAUGAACCCCAUGGCGAUCCAACAGAUCCAACAAGGGUAUGCCCAUGGCGACCUAUCACCCGAAGGUGGCCAUGAGCAUUCUCAACGCACAGGCCCCGGCGUCAAUGGUGCUGUCCGUCGUGCGCGCUCCGCCACUGUGAUGGAGUUGGGACCAUAUCCCCACAAGUCCCACUCCUGCCCGAUUCCCAGCUGCGGUCGUCUCUUUAAGCGGUUAGAACAUCUCAAGCGCCAUGUGCGGACACAUACUCAAGAACGUCCUUACAUCUGCCCCUCUUGCAACAAGGCCUUUUCUCGAUCAGACAACCUAGCCCAGCACAAACGUACCCAUGAGCGCGAGGAUGGUGGCGAGGGUCCCUUCGCGUUGUCCGGCGAGGAAGAGGAAGACUUUUCGGGCGAGGAUCAGCUCGGAGCCCUCGAAGAGGCCUCGCCGUCGUCCGAGCAUGCCUAUGUGACUGGCUCGCUUAAUUCGCUCGGUCAAUCCCAUGGUGGCCUGGCAGCCCCGGCAACGAUCACGCCAAAUCAGACAUACACCUCGAACAUGCAGACUCUGAGCAUGCCCAUGACCAUGAGUCAUACGGGUUCCGUCAACGCUGGCGGUAUUUGAGUACAAUGUCGAGCCUUUUGAAAUUAUGUGGCCCUGCUGUCACAUUAUCCUCAUCUGCGCAACUUCUCAUAGCUCAUGUCGAGCUCUCCAUUUCUCACCACAUGUGUCAAACGCACCACCUUUUCUCAUUAUUACGUCUUUUAUUUACGGGUUUCUUUAUGAAUGGAGCGUCUGUUGGAGGAUAGUAGACAUUUCGCCCGGGUACAAGGCGAAUUUUCCGUGAUCUUG